AUGACAGACGGUAUGAUGACGCCCAUCAUCACCUGCUGCCAUCACACUGCACAGGGAAACCAGAUCACCAUGUCCUCGUCGCUCGUCGUCUGCACUGUGUCUCUGCACUGUGCCGCAGGUAUAACAUGGACUGAGUCAGUGCACCAGACUCCGGCCUUGCUGGUGCAGGCGGGUCAGUCGGCUCAGAUGAGUUGCAGUCACCAGUUGCACGGCGCCUAUUAUCACAUGUACUGGUUUCAGCAGUUCCCAGGGGAGAGCAUGGAGCUCAUCGUCCACACGCUGCCGUUCCAGCCACCCGAGUUCAGUGACAUCCGUCGGCAGCACAAAUACUCAGCCAACAAGACUGUGUAUGGCAGCGGCACUUUCACAGUGAAGAGUGUGGAGCCGAGCGACGUCGGUGUGUAUCUGUGUGCCGUCAGCCCCCACAGCGAGGCAGACACCUGUCUCGCUGCACAAAAAAAACAAAUGACGCCGCCUGGCUGUAAAUGGAAAAGGAACGAGGACGACACUUCUCAUCAGGACAAUCUGAUGCUGGCUCUAAAUGUGACCAUACACCUCAAACAGUGCGUUUCCCCAAACUUGUCUUCCCCUUUGUCCCCACGAGAAUCAAACCGUGCCAUCACCCCGCCAAGAGUGAAAGUGCUCGAACCCUCGGCGGAAGAGUGUCAAAGCCGAGGAGACAAGAAAAACAGGAAGACCUUGGUGUGCGUGGCCUCGGGCUUCUACCCGGACGUGGUGAGCGUGUCCUGGCGGGUCGACGGGAGAGAGGUCGCAGGCGGCGUGGCCACCGACACCGCUGCCCGGCGGCAAGGGCGGUAUUAUGACCUCGCCAGCAGUCUGAGGGUCCCGCUCACGCAGUGGUUCACGGCCGGCAAGAACUUCUCCUGCACCGUCAGCUUCUACAACGGGAACGAGACUGUGGACAGGUCCGAUUGGGUCCGAGGCAUUGAAGGACCAGGAGCGGAAGCUAUACGAGAGGAGUAUUUGAGGACGGCGCACACUGUCAAACUGUCCUACGCCGUUCUGAUCGCCAAGAACGGCGUCUACGGCGCCUUUGUGGCAUUUCUGGUGUGGCGGCUCCAGGUCCGUCGAACGCCGCCGACACGCUGCGUCUCGCCAACCUCUUUCCCCCGCAACAGCAGAGUCAAGAUGUGGUGGGAAAACAGAUUGAAUAAGUUCAACGUGCGUGUGAUGAGGAGCAUGUGCCUUCGACCAGACCAAGCAAAGUCUGCACACAUCACGGCAACCCCGCGUGACUGAAGGGCAUGUCGAUCGCUUGAUAGCCAGUGUUGGCUGGAGCUUAAUGAUGCCGUCUGUGUGCGGUGGUGCUUGUGGCCUGCUUGGUUCUGAUUCUUUCCUCUUAA